AUUACUAUUUGCACAUAUUCUGUAAUCGUUCCAUCGUGACACAUGUAUGUAUUUAAAACCCGUUCUCAAACUGACAAAUAAUUAAAGCUAAUUUUUACUUCUUCAAAAACAUGAUAGCAAUCGCUAGAUGUCCCCAUAUGACCGUCCAAUCUGCCAAGUCCUCCAGUAUCCCAGCAGGCCACAAUAACCGGAAAGUACAUUGAGGGUAAAGCGCGGAUUCGGAAAAAACAGUUUUGAGAAGGAAGCUAACAUUUUAGUGCUGUUUAACUAUAUGCAUAACGGAUUAAUUACCUUUCAGAUCGCUGUAAAUGUGUAUACGUUACUAAGCGUGUGAGUUUAAAUCGCCGAAUAGUAUGUUUUUAUUUUCUUUCACGUUACCAUGACUUCGUAGCCACAGUCACACUGGCCUGCACGCGGGCGUUCGUGCCUUUCAAAGCUAGCUAACAGCUAGCGAACAGUCAGUUAGAUUACGUUUGACUAACUAGAAACUUGGUUGUUGCUUAAAAAUGUCAGGCUUUAAUUUCGGAUCCGGGUCUAUCGGUUCCACCAACGCUGGCGGAGGGUUUUCGUUUGGAGCCGCUGCCAGUACCCCAGCUGCAGCAGGUACAGGUGGGUUUACUCUGGGUGGAGCUCUGGGUGCUACAGCCCCAGCCUCCACCACCACCACCUCUUCUCUGGGCCUGGGCGGGUCACUAUUCUCACAAAAACCUACUGGGGGGUUCUCCUUUAACACUCCUGCCUCAGGUGCCCCAGCAGCCUCUACAGCCCCUACCACGGGCUUCAGUAUGACCUUCAAUAAACCCUCUGCCUCGGCCCAACCCUUCUCCCUCACUGCAGCCUCCUCAGCCCCCACAGGGGCAGGACUGACACUAGGCUCAGUCCUCACCUCCACUGCGCCACAGCAAGGAGCCACAGGAUUCUCUCUCAACCUAGGGGGUGUGGCCGCAAGUACAGCCCCAUCCACAGGUCUAUCGCUGGGUUCCAGUAUGUUCUCUAACAUGGCUACUACUGGUCUGAGUCAGUCCACUCUUGGAGGACUGGGGUUUGCGUUAGGUUUGUAUGGGUGUCAGACUAACAUUUGCAUGGUUGUGUUUGUGAGUGUCCGUGUGUUUAUUUUGUUAAUAUUUUCAGGUUUGGGCCAGACCACUCUCGGAUCAGGGGGGUUGACGUUAGGUUCCCUGGCCUCUACUUCCACGGCGGUGUCAGCGGCCCCCAGCCUUGGACUGGGAGGAGUUGACUUCAGCACCUCCUCAGAGAAGAAAAGCGACAAAUCAUCAGGGGCCAGCCCACAAGACAGUAAAGCUUUGAAAGAUGAAAAUUUGCCUCCAGUCAUCUGUCAGGAUGUAGACAACUUCCAGAAGUUUGUGAAGGAGCAGAAGCAGGUUCACGAAGAGAUCAGCAGGAUGUCAUCUAAAGCCAUGCUGAAGGUUCAGGACGACAUCAAGAGUCUCAAACAGCUGCUGUCUGUCAGCGCUUCGGGACUACAGAGAAACGCCCUGGCUAUAGACAAACUGAAGAUGGAGACUGCGCAGGAGUUGAAGAAUGCAGACAUAGCUCUGCGGACUCAGAAGACUCCCCCUGGACUUCAGCACGACAACACAGCUCCCUAUGAUUAUUUCCGGUGUUUAGUGGAACAGUUUGAGGUUCAGUUGCAGCAGUACAGACAGCAGAUAGAGGAACUGGAGAAUCACCUUACUACACAGGGCAGUGGAUCACACAUCACACCACAGGAUCUGUCACUGGCCAUGCAGAAGUUGUACCAGACGUUUGUGGCUCUGGCUGCUCAGCUCCAGUCAGUACACGAGAACGUCAAGACCCUGAAGCAGCAGUACCUGGGAUACCGCCGGGCCUUCCUGGAGGACUCCACGGACGUCUUCGAGUCCAAGCGGGUGGCCAGUAAGAAGUGGCAGAGUGCCCCACGCAUCACCACUGGCCCCGCCCCCUUCAGCAGCAUCCCCAAUGCGGCGGCGGUCGCCAUGGCAGCCACGCUGAGCCAGCAGCAGCAGCCCGGCCCAGGGAGCCAGGUGUCCCUGGGGUCUGGCUUGGGAAACCCCUUUGCCUUGGGAGUGGGCUCUAGCUUGGGCACCUCAGGUCUCGGAGUGUUUGGUGGGGGUCCAGGUUUCGGGGGGGUAGCGACGGGGGGCUCCUCAUUUGGUUUCUCCUCUGCCAGCAAGCCCUCGGGAGGGAGCCUGAGUGCAGGUUUUGGAAGCAACAGUAGUUCAGGGUUUAACUUCAGUAGCCCCGGCCUCAACGCGUCUGCAGGCCUGACGUUUGGCGUGUCCAACCCUCCCGCCGCGGGCUUCGGCACUGGAGGGCCACUGCUGCAGCUCAAGAAGCCCCCGGUGGGAAACAAGAGGGGCAAGAGAUAGAGGGGCAAUGGGAACGGUUAGGAUUUGGGGAGGGUAAGCUGAUGCUAGAUCUGUGACUUCCAGAACUGUCCAAGGUUGUUUAAUGGGUCACAGUCCAUGUAGGUGGAUUUGGGAGGGUACGUUUAUUCUAGACCUGUGCCUAAGGGUGACUUCUAGAGCUGUCCAGGGGAGGUCGGGGUGUAACAGUCUGUCCCAGAUCUUUAUUUUUAUACCUGAAGGGGAGCAGAGGGUUUGAGGGAGGGGGUUAUGCAGGACCAGGGUGGAGGGAAUGAGGAGAGGGAGUCCUCGAGCAUAAAAAAAGAUCAGCACAUUUGGAUAAGGUUCAUAACCUGUGUUUUGUUCUUUUUAAAUGUCCUCAUUAUUGUUUCAUCAUGAUUGCUUAGUUUUUGUAGAGUUUUAAUUUUAUACUCUUUGUAAGUGUUUGUUGUGUGUGUAAGGAUGCAUGCAAGGGAGAGAACUGGCUGUGCUGAAUGUCCCACACAGCCUCAAAUUAGGGCACCAGAACACCCCAAACAUGCAAACACAUACGUACAUUUCCUGUCAAGUGUGAAUUUAUGCAGUGUGUGUGUGUCAAUAGACCGUGGUGUUGUUUUAGGGCUGGUGGAUGAUGAGGGUAUUACGGUCUGUGCUUUUCCGUUGUCUAUUCUGAUUCUCUCUGUUACCAAAUAGUGAUGUCAUCCUGUUCUAUUCAUUUGAGUUGAUACGUGUAAACCUGUAUUUUCAAACAUCAGUUUAAUAAUAAAAUUCCUGAUGUUGAUGAUUUUCCUUUGUA